CCCCUAUUCGAGUAAACUUCGAGAAACGGAAACACAUCAUUCGUAAUUAUUUUGCUGGUGUCAUAGUCAUAUAUUAUUCAUAAUUAUUAUCAAAAUAAUUAUUCAGUAUAACUGAAGCCACUCAACUACGAUUUAAUUGAUAAGCUUUUGUUUUAUCUAUCAUGUCACUGCCAUUCAACCAGGAGCAUUUAGCUCCAUUGCAACGUUUCGUUGAAUUAUGUACCGCAAAUCCUCAGAUGUUGCAUUUGCCAGAUUUGGCCUUCGUCAAAAAAUUCAUCGAACAUUUCGGUGGAAAAGUACCAAUGCAAGCUACUGGAGGUGCACCUAGUAUGGAAGUCCCCAUGCAAUCUCAAGAUGAUCCUGAGGUAAUGGAACCAGAGUCUGAUCCCGAGAGUGAACUCGAACUUGACAUGACUAAUGUUGUUGAACCUGACAAUGACCCACCACAAAAAAUGGGUGAUCCAACAGUUCAACCAACUGAAGAAGAAAUAUCUGAAGCUCAAGCAAAACGUUCAGAAGCAGUAUCAGCUUUCGUUGAGAAAGAUUACGAGAAAGCUAUCAAUCUUUAUACAGAAGCGAUAACAUUGAAUCCUCAAGCAGCUUUGCUUUAUGCUAAACGUGGACAAGUUUAUUUAGAAAUGAAAAAACCAAACGCUUGCAUCCGCGACUGUGACCGUGCUCUCGAACUUAAUCCUGACAGCGCAGCAGCUCACAAAUUCCGUGGCCGUGCCAAUCAACUCUUGGGUAACUUUGAAGAAGCAGCAACUGACCUGAGAUUGGCCUGCAAAUUUGAUUUUGACGAACAAGCUGACGAGUGGCUUCGUGAAGUAACACCAAAUGCUCGUAAAAUAGAAGAACACAAGAGAAAGAAAGAACGUAGAGCUUUUGAGAAAGCUGAGAAGACACGUCAAGAAGCCUUGAAAAAAGCGCGAGAGGAGGCCAAGGCUCGUGAAGCAAACUCUCGUCCAUCACAAACUGACGAUGGAGCUAAGCCGUCAAUGAACGACUUUUACAGUUAUUUAAAAGAUCCUGAAGUUUUGCAGGCAUUCCAGGAUCCUGAGGUAGCGGCAGCUUUCAUGGAAAUUUCAUCAAACCCAUCGAACAUUCUCAAGUACCAAAAAAACCCAAAAGUAAUGAACCUUAUCAACAAGGUUGCGUCCAAAUUCGGUGGAGGUGCUGGAAUGAUGCCUGGCGGGUUUCCAGGUAUGAUGGGGGACAAUAUGCCCGGUGGGUUCUGUCCCGGUAAACCAAAUCCUCCUGCACCAGACGAUGAUGUCGGUCUUGACUAAGUUACAUAAAAUAAAUUUACUACCUUUAUAUUUCACAUAAAUUAACAUCGAGUACUGUCUAGACUUUUACUAAAAAACAGUUUCUUUUUUUCACUUAAGUUUUUUCCUAUUUUUUCACUUUCCACAUUUCAGUAAAUCUGCAUUUAAGUUCGACAAAAAAAAAUAUUAUUUUAUUUUAUUUAAUUUACGUCACACUUCAAUAAUUAUAUGACAUGAACUAAAAUUUAUUAUUUUAUU